CGGCAGACGCGGCAGGGCGGUGGCGGCUGGCGCUGCAGGCGCGACUUCCAUCACGGCCGCCACCCCCGCCUCCCCCCCCACAGCGGCAGACGCGGCAGGGCAGCGGCGGCUGGCGCUGCAGGCGCGAGGGGCCGCAACAGGACGCGACAGUGCGUGGCAUGGCGCUCGAGGGGCGGCCGCGACGGGGCAGAAAGGGGCCCUGA